AUGUUUACAUUUUUCUUUUAUUUAGCUCCUAUAGUAGCUGUAGUAUUAAUAUUAAUAAAUUAUUUAAUAUCUAAUGAAAACCCUUAUGUUGAAAAAAAUGGACCUUUUGAAUGUGGUUUCACAUCUUAUCAUCAAUCAAGAUCAGCAUUUAAUGUAUCAUUCAUAUUAAUAGCUAUAUUAUUCUUACCUUUUGAUUUAGAAAUAUCAUCUAUAUUACCUUAUGUUAUAAGUGCAUAUACUAAUGGUUUAUAUGGUUUAAUAAUAUUAAUUAUAUUCUUAUUACAAUUAGUUAUAGCUUUUGUUUAUGAAAUAAAUUUAGGUGCUUUAAAUUUAACUAGAAAUUAUACACCUAUAAUUAAACCUUUAAAACAUUAUUUAUAUAAAAAAUAA